AUGUCGACUGAUAUUUUCAUAAAGUCAUUUACUCAUCUCACAGGACGGCCGAAAGCUGACCAGGCCCUGCAGAUGCUACAGAAAGUGGCAUCGAUGGUCAAGCCUAUCAUGCGAACACAUAAAUGGGUUCUUCCCACAUUGGCGGAAUUUUUUCCAGACCAGUCAAAUUUACUUGUAAGCCCUGAGUGUGUUCAUAUACUUUUUAAUACACACUCAUGCCUCCAAGAUGUCAAUAUGGGGCAAAAGAUUUUGCUGAGACUGCGUCCUGCCUACUCCCCCGGGUCGUUCCUAGAUAUCCACGAUGUGGUUCAGACUAUGUUACAUGAGUUGACACAUAACGUUCACGGCCCGCAUGACGACAAGUUUUACAAGUUCCUUUCUGGCCUCCAGGAUGAGUACGAGAAACUCGUGCGAACUGGUUAUGCUGGGGAAGGAUUCUUUUCCAAGGGUCACCGGCUAGGGGGGGAUGCAUCGUGUGGUGUGCCCCUGCACAUGAGCCGCGCGAAAGCACUUGAAGCUGCGGAAAAAAGAAGACACGCGGCUCAGGUCCUAGGUGGAGGCGGGAGACGAGUAGGUACAAAUUCCUCUGGUACGAGAAGCGGGAAAUCGCUACGAGAAUUGGCUGCUAUGGCCGCCGAGCAGAGAGCACGCGACGAGAAAGCGUGUGGGCUUGGCACACACGCUGAGCAAGAGGCUGAGAAAGCAGCCAAGGAGAGCGUCGUUAUUGACCUUACCGGUUAUGACUAUGACGAGGAUUCAGAUCCGGAGGUCAUCAUUGUGGAAGACUCCCGUGAGAAGAAGCCAGGUUCAUCUAAAAAGCCUGUACCCACGCGGAACAAACCAUCAUCGUCGAGUCUCGCCAGAACCGGGGAAAGCAGUAACACUGCGAAGCGCCGCCCGGCCAAAUCUCAUGCAUCUGUAGUGUCUGAUCAAUGGUCGUGCACAGUGUGUACACUAUUGAACGCACCCAUGGUGCUCCAGUGCGAUGCAUGCUUAACUCCACGGCCCAGUGAUGGUUGGACAUGCCUUACAUGUGGUCAAGGAGGAAUGGCUCAUGAUUCUUGGAUGUGCACUUUCUGCGGUCAAGUGAAGACUUAUAGCUAA